AAUUCAAGUUUCUAAAAUUUUCAGUUGAUCAUGCGCCGCGUACGUGUUAAGAUUAAUCGUUUGUGUAACAAUACUUCGACUCUUACGAUAUCGUGAUAGUGAUAUAAGUUUUAUGAUAAAUUAAAUUUAACUAUGUGUUAUAUCUAACCAGUAUAGUGUCAAUUUGUUUAAAUAAUUAGAAAUGUGAAUUAGUGUCGUAUUGCUACAAAAAUCCAGUUUGUUGAUAAUGGAUGCAAACGCAAAAUAUUACGAGGGCUGUGGGCAGGAAGGACCUAUUCGUUGUAUAUUUCUAUGUGAAUUCCAUCACACUGCAGGCCCCAAAAUUACUUGUCAAGUACCAGAGAACUAUAUUUCUAAGGAUAUUUUCGAUACUGUUAGUCACUAUAUUAUACCAAAAGUGCAAUUACAGAGAUGCACACUUACUGUCACUCUACUUGGCUCUAAAAUACUGGGAUUUCCUGUGAGAAUAGAUAACAAGAAAUAUGCAAGAAAUGCAUUUUAUUUCAAUUUAUGCUUUGUAUGUGAUGCUUGGGCAAGAACUGUACAUCUAGAACCUUUAGUGAAAAAACUUACUGAAUAUCUGUUGUCAAUGGAGUUGGAAACAGAAUGGCUCUCCAAGCAGUCAAUGUCCGGCGACGCAAAAGACUUGGGUUGUCUUAUGAAGCAGGUCAUGCAGGACAUCAACUGUAGGAGAAUGUGCACAUUGACAGUUGGCACGACAACGACCCACCUGACAGUGGUGCGGGUGAACAGCGACCCGGCACCAGUGAAGGACCACCAGGUGCCCGUGUUCCUAUACAGCCGGCAGUCAUUCGUCGCAGACCAGUGGGACUUGACCACCAACCAGAUCCUGCCGUACAUCGAUGGGUUUAACCACGUAUCUAAGAUCGCUGCGUUGACUGAUGUGGAGGUGAGCUUGGUGCGCGCCUGCGUACAGAACCUCGUAUACUACGGCGUCAUCACCCUGGUGCCUAUCUUCCAGUACUGUGCGGUGUACAGCGUGACUCCAAAGUUGCGUCAGUUGACGAGGUGUGCGGGCCUGCAGCGGCAGUGCAUUGAGUUCUGCGCGAGAUCCCCGCGUCAGCUGCCGAAAGUGAACGACCUAUUCGUGAUGUACGCGGGCAUGUCACACGGUAGCACGGUACGCGACUUGUGUCGCCGACUCCGACCGCAGGAUCUCGCCAUCAAUGAGCGCAAGCUUGUGCUCUUCGGUGUACUGGAAGGUCUUAUACGGAGAGUUUACAAGUAUCCAAUAACGCUGAACAACGUGGACACGGCAUCAGUGAGGUCCGACCACAAUCAGAACUUGGUGCGGACGUACAACGGGCUGGUGUGUUUGGACGAGCUGUGCUGUCACGGCGGUCUCUCUGUCACGCAGCUCGAGGAGCAGUUAGAGAGGGACAGUAAUGUCGUCUUUAUCGUUAAAUGACAUAACAUGUUGUCUAAUAUUCAGCUAAAUUGUAAUACGACAAAUUUAGCUGGUCCGGUGAACGACGGUGAAAAUAUAAUAUAAUAGAACCUGUCAAUGUCAAAGGUGCCACAAAAUUCCUUCCGUCCUUAGUGGACUAUAACUGUCAAGUAUACUUUAACUCACUUGAACAGAUAAGUUUGUCUUAUUUGUUAAUAGAGCAAUUUAAAAAAAAA